GCGGCCGGAAAAGGCUCCGGGGGCGGCGGCGGCGCCCGGUGUGGCCAUGGAGGGGCUGCGGGGCCGGGACCCGCCCUGUGCCCGGAACAUUCCAACCCUGUCCGAGGAGGAGGAGGAGGAGGAGCCAGGUGAGGAUGAAGGUCCAGGUGAGGAAGAACCAGGUGAGGAUGAAGAACCAGGUGAGGAUGAAGAUGUAGGUGAGGAAGAACCAGGUGAAGAAGACCCAGGUGAGGAAGAACAAGCUGAGGAAGAACAAGCUGAGGAUGAAGACCCAGGUGAGGAUGAAGACCCAGGUGAGGAUGAAGACCCAGGUGAGGAAGACCCAGGUGAGGAAGACCCCGGUGAGGAUGAAGACGCAGCCCAGGAAGAACCGGCUGGAUCCCUCCAGGUUCUCCCCGCUCCUCGCCGGCCCCGCCUUUACCUGCGGCCCCGCCCGGCGCCGGACGAGCCGGGCCCCUCCCACCUGAGCCCGUGGGACCAGGUGAGCUCCGACCCCUCACCCGAACCGGGCGGGGCCUUCGUCCACCUCAUCGACGAGCGCGGCGUCUACUCCACGGCCAAGCUGGUGCCAGGUGAGGAGGAGGAGGAGGAGGAGGAGGAAGAAAUACCUGAGGGCGCCGCUCACCUGGAGAUCCGCCGGGUGAUCGUGGCCGAGAAGCCCUUCCAGUGCCCGGCGUGCCACAAGGGCUUCAAGCGCGCCUGGGAGCUGCUGAGCCACCAGGUGGUGCACACCGAGGCGCGUCCCUACACCUGCCACCUGUGCCAGGCCACCUUCAAGCGCCACUCGGACUUCAAGAGCCACGGGCUGGUGCACACGGAGGAGCGGCCGCACCGCUGCGAGCUGUGCGGGAAGCGCUUCAAGCGCUCCUCCAACCUCCAGGAGCACCGGCGCAUCCACAGCGGCGAGCGCCCCUUCACCUGCCCCGGCUGCGCCAAAGCCUUCAAGACGCCCUACGAGCGCCAGCGCCACGCCCUCACCCACCUGGCGGCGGCGGCCGACAAACCCUUCCGCUGCGGCGAGUGCGGCAAGGAUUUCCCGGCGGCCAACGCGCUGCUGCUGCACCGGCGGCAGCGCUGCCGGGACAAGCCGCACGCCUGCGGCGUCUGCGGCAAGCGCUUCACCUACGGCCACUCGCUGAAGGUGCACGAGCGCGUGCACACCGGCGACCGCCCCUUCCGCUGCGCCCUGUGCGGCAAGGCCUUCAAGCAGAGCAACGCGCUGGCCUCGCACGAGCGCGUGCACACGGGCGAGCGCCCCUUCGCCUGCCGCACCUGCGGGAAGGCCUUCAAGCAGUCGUCGUACCUGGCCAUCCACCAGCGGGCUCACACGGGCGAGCGGCCGUACGGCUGCGAGGCGUGCGGGAAGGCGUUCGCCCGGCCCUCGCUGCUGCUGCAGCACCGGCGGGUGCACAGCCAGGUGAGGCCGCACCAGUGCGGGCACUGCCACAAGUUCUUCAAGGACCUGGCGUACCUGGCGGUGCACGAGAAGGUGCACACGGGGGAGACGCCCUACAAGUGCGGGGUGUGCGCCAAGGGCUUCGCGCACCCCUCCAACCUGCUGCAGCACCGGCGCGUGCACCGCGACACCUGAGGCGGCAGGUGAGGGGAGGGGGACGGGGGUGCUGGGACAGGUGUGGAGCCCAAAAUCGUGGUUUUGACCCCCAAAAACGGCAGCUGUGACACCUGGACUGCGACACCUGAGCCCCGGGUGGAGGAUUCGGUACCUGUGAGCCAGGACAGGUGUGGACCCCAAAAUCGUGGUUUUGACCCCAAAAAAUUUCAGCUGUGACACCUGGACUGCGACACCUGAGCCCCGGGUGGAGGACUCGGUACCUGUGAGCCAGGUGUGGACCCCCCCAAAAUCACUCGUGGACCCCAAAAACAGCAGCAACACCUGGACUGCGACACCUGAGCCCCAGGUGAAGAGAGCCAGCACCUGUGACCCAGGACAGGUGUGGAGCCCAAAAAUCUGGAGCACCUGGAACACCUGGAGCACCUGGUGGAUGAAGCUUCAGGUGGAGGACUCGGUACCUGUGAGCCAGGACAGGUGUGGAGCCCCCAAAAUCACCUGUGGACCCCAAAAACAGCAGCAGCAACACCUGGACUGCGACACCUGAGCUCCACGGGUGAGCCCCAGGUGAGACGAUGCUGAAUCUGCACACCUGGGCAGGUGUGGGCCUGGACCUGCACACCUGGACAGGUGUGGGCCUGGAUCUGCACACCUGGACGGGUGUGGGCCUGGACCUGCACACCUGGACAGGUGUGGGCCUGGACCUGCACACCUGGGCAGGUGUGGGAACCCCGGAGCUGGGACCCAGGACAGGUGUGGAACCCAAAUUCUGCAGCACCUGGAGAGCAACACCUGAGCCCCAGGUGAGGGGAUCCUGUACCUGUGAGCCAGGACAGGUGUGGGCCCCAAAAAGCUUCAGCACCUGGACAGGUGGGGGCACCUGAGCCAGGCGUGGAGGCCAAACUGCAACACCUGGACUGCAACACCUGAGCCAGGCGUGGAGGCCAAA